AAACCCGAAACCCGCGUUUUCCUCUCAUUUUUUCCCACUCAUUUUCGCUUCCCUCAUCUUUCUUUCGUUUUCAAACCCUAAACCCAAGUUUGCCCGCGAGCACCCCAGGAAUUUUCCGGCGAGAAAAUGUUGGAACUUCGUCUUGUUCAGGGGAGUCUCCUCAAGAAGGUGAUGGAUGCGAUCAAGGACUUGGUUAACGAUGCCAACUUCGAUUGCUCCGCCACUGGCUUCUCGCUUCAGGCCAUGGACUCCAGUCACGUCGCGCUGGUCGCUCUCUUGCUCAGAUCUGAAGGGUUCGAACACUACCGCUGCGACCGCAACAUCUCCAUGGGGAUGAACCUCAACAACAUGGCCAAGAUGCUGAAGUGCGCCGGAAAUGAUGACAUCAUCACUAUCAAGGCCGACGACGGCAGUGACACUGUCACUUUCAUGUUUGAAAGCCCCACCCAAGACAAGAUUGCGGAUUUUGAAAUGAAGCUUAUGGACAUUGAUAGUGAGCAUCUUGGGAUUCCAGAAACAGACUACCAUGCUAUUGUUAGGAUGCCAUCUGCGGAAUUUGCUCGGAUUUGCAGAGAUCUUAGCAGCAUUGGUGAUACAAUUGUUAUCUCAGUGACAAAGGAAGGAGUGAAGUUCUCAACCAGAGGUGACAUUGGAACUGCAAAUGUGGUGUGCAGACAAAACACCACAGUAGACAAGCCAGAGGAGGCGACAGUUGUAGAGAUGAAUGAGCCGGUGUCGCUGACAUUUGCUUUGAGGUACUUGAACUCUUUCACAAGAGCAACUCCAUUGUCGAGCACGGUUACCCUCAGCUUGUCUUCGGAGCUUCCUGUUGUUGUUGAAUACAAGAUUGCUGAGAUGGGACACAUAAGGUUCUAUCUGGCACCUAAGAUUGAAGAGGAUGAAGAGGAUACUAAGCCUUGAGGAGCCUGCUCUUUGCAAAGCAUAAUCUUGUUGCAUUAUGCUAAAUGUAUGAAUUUUAGGGAUAUUUUGGCAUAUUUUCAUUUUCACAAGUAACUUUGUACUGUAUUUGCAAAACUAUUAAAAUCGAUGCAGCUAGCUUUCUUGACA